CCGCCAAUUGUGCCCAGCAGGGCUAACUAAUCGUGCCAAGCUCGCUCCAACCUGGGCGCCCGCGCCGCCCGUCAUACCCUCGACUCCAGUGGAGUUGGCGUUGGGACGGGUGUCGUCGAUCCCCACAUCAAGAAUUUCUAUUCCCCACGUGCGCCAUCGAUUUGCUCGCCGUUGGUGUUUUAGCCAGCGCCAUCGAGACUGCACUUUUGGUUAUCUACUUGAGCAAGAGUCGUCACGCCGGCCUCGACUCUGCCAGGUCAGUUUUCCAUCAAGACCAGAGCCGCUGAAGGAACCAUGCCAGACACACAGGAAAAAGGAGACAUCAAGGACUGGCGGUCCAUCGUCACCCUCAUUGUCUUUGUCGCCACCAACAUCAUCGUCAUCUCCCCCUUCCACAUCCCCGUCUACCUUCCACGAUGGCUUUCAAACGCCUUUCUGGAUUUCCUAAGCUGGAUGCGCAUCAUCGCGCCCAGGCCAGACCGCCUCCCGGGCCAUGAGCUCGAUCUUGAGAAGCCCCGGUCGCGGUUCGUCCGGCUGAGGUUUCCGGUCAACUUUGUCACGGCUCCUCUCAUCGCGGAUCUCUUUCUGCUCGCCAUCCUGGCCAUUGGCCGGCAAGAGGUGGCCGACGGCACCAUAGGGGCAGACAACAUCUUUCCUAUCGACAUCAUGGCCUUCUUCAUCACCCUUGCCUACAUCGCCAUCUCCAUCGACGCCUCCGGUCUGAUCCGCUACUUGGCCUUCAGGGUGCUGCAAUGGGGCGGCAAGAACGGCAAUAGGCUGUUCUUCUACCUCUACUCCUUUUUCUUUGUCUUGGGCAGCUUCAUUGGCAAUGACCCCAUCAUUUUGUCUGGCACUGCCUUCCUCGCCUACAUGACGCGCGUGUCGAGCAACAUCAUCCACCCCAGGGCCUGGAUCUUCACCCAGUUCGCCGUUGCCAACAUCGCCUCGGCCAUCCUGGUCUCGUCCAACCCCACAAACCUCGUGCUUGCUGGGGCGUUCGGCAUUAGGUUCAUUGACUAUACGGCCAAUAUGAUUGUGCCCGUCGUCGCGACCGCCAUCAUUCUGUUCCCCUUCCUGCUCUACAUCAUCUUCGCCAGCGAGGACCUCAUCCCCAUCUCUAUCAAGAUGCACGAGCUGCCUGAGAAUCUGCGAGCCAAGAAACCUGUGAAUCCCAACAUCCCCCACGCAAGAGGCACCGCCGAGGAGGAAGAGAAUCACCACGCCAACGGCGAACACGGCAACCUCCUCUCGCUCGAGGAGAUCAUGAACCCCUUCCUGGAUAAGGGGGGCGCCUGGUUCGGCGCUGCCAUCAUGGCCGCCACCCUCGUCACCGUCUUGGCGCUCAACGCCGCCAGCACCGAGAUCGGCGCGCAUCCCGUCUUCUACGUGACGGUGCCUGCGGCCUUUGUCAUGCUGUGCUGGGACGUUGGGUCUGGGUGGAUGAAGCGCCACGAGACACGAGAAAUCGCCCGCAAGGGCCGGCGGGAAGUCGAAGAGGCCAGACGUGAGCGCGCGCUGAAGGAGCGGGAGGCUGCGAGACUGGCGCCCUUGGGCGCGGAAAAGACGGGCUCGGCAGACAAGGGCCAGGCACCAACCGACUCAUCACCACAGGACAAGAUUGUUGCAGCUGGCGGCGCCACGACGGGCGACGAGAUUACUUCAGAGAAGGAGCCUCCUAGUCGCUCUAGCCAGGGCGACCCCAAGAAGAGCCCGCCGGUCGAUCUGUCGUCGAGCACGGAGCUGGACGAGGCAGGGCGAGACUUGGCCUUGGAGAAGGGCGUGGGCGCUCAAAAGCCCGACGAGCGGGCGACGCUCGUGUCGGUCGUCGCCGGCGCAUACAGAUGGUCGCAAGAGACGUUUCCCACCGUCACGGCCGUGGUCACGCAUUUGCCUUUUGCCCUCGUGCCGUUUGCCUUUUCCAUGUUUGUGCUGGUGCAGGCUCUCGUCACCAAGGGCUGGGUCGAGGUGUUUGCCCACGGGUGGGACCACUGGGUUGACAAGACGGGAACAGUCGGCGCCAUCGGCGGCAUGGGGUUCUUGUCUGUGGUUAUCUGCAACUUCACGGGCACAAACAUUGGCGCGUCGAUCCUACUCUCGCGCGUCAUCCAGGCGUGGCAGGCCAUCCACGCCGAGAACCUGAUCCCCAUCAGCAACCGCACCUUCUGGGCCACCGUGUACGCCAUGGCGCUCGGCGUCAACUACGGCGCUUUCAGCACCACGUUCAGCGCGUCGCUGGCCGGGCUGCUGUGGCGCGACAUCCUCGGCCGCAAGCACAUCCACGUACGCGGCGUCGACUUUGCCCGCGAGAACCUACCCAUCAUCGCCCUCGCCAUGACCGUCGGCUGUGUGGUCCUUAUCGGCGAAGUCUACAUUAUGAGAGACGAGUUGCCUGUCAACCUGUCGAUAUGACCCUUUUGUACUGUCGUAAAUUGUUUCUUUGCGUGUAAAAAUGUCCGUGCCGGACAGCUGAAUAGACUGCAAGAGCGUGGCGUUUAAUGAGCGGGCGUGGGUGGAAUGUUGCUUUUGAUUGAAUAAAAGGGAUAAUGGCAGAGAGUGAAGCUGACGCAUUGUAGAUUUGGGGGUUAGAUUUAAACACUUGAACGCAUAAUACUAUUAUUACGUUUAGUUGAUAUUACUCCGUCUGUGUUUAUGUUGGAAUCACCAGGUACCGGUACUGGAAUCAACAGGGCGCGCUGCGCGCUGUAUACUGGUGGUUCAAGUGUUG